AGGAGCUGACGACCGAAUUGGUGGAGCAGCUCUUGUGUUCCUUCGUCUUCUUGACCUCACGGCACACCUGGAAUGAGGACACCUUGGGAAUGCCCGAGCCGGAGCUCUUUGAAGUGAUUUUCGAGAAACGCCUCGAGCUCAUCGCCUGGCUGGAACAGGCGCCCUAUGCGGACGCCUGCCGCGUGCUGGACGCGGUGCUGCGCACUGCCACGGGCAUCGAACAGGGGCCUCCCGCCUGGGCGAUCUGGCCUGAAACCUCCAACCGAGGACGUUAUGUGGCCAUGACCCAGACGCUGAGCAGCGUGGACGGACGACUACCGAUGGCCGGCACCUUCGGCGAUACCAUGCCCGCGGCCGAGGUGAACCUGCAGAGUUUGGUCUUCCGAGUGGAAGGACAACAGAUGCAAGCCUUGGACGAGCGUGCGGCACAGGACCCGGAUGUCUUGCAUGUCUUCGGAGCAUCCGCCAAGACCUUGCAAUGCGUCUCCUUGGGCGAUUUUGAGCAUCGUCAAGAUCGCAAGGUCGUUGGCACGGACUACGUCAUUAGCAUGUGGGAUGGAGAACAAGGCGGACUCCCUGAGAUUGGGCUCUGCGAUCGGAUCUAUGACCCGGAUGAUUUAGCUGCAGAAGAGCAGUGGAUCGCUGACUUCUUCGAGCCGAUCCGAAAGAAGUAUUACACCAAGCUGGGAAUGCCACCCGCAGAUGUUCAGUUCUACUUGCCUGAGCAGACGGUGCCGGAAGAUGCACACAUGGUACUACUGGCCGGAGGGCAUCCCAAGAAGUCCUCCACCAUUUGGCCACCUGUCUCACUUGCGGCGCCG